GGGGUAUUAUACAAUAUUUAAAUAGUAACUAAGGUCAUAUAUAAUGGUGUAGUGUGGUAUUUUCAAAGAAUCUGCACAACAUGAAGUAUCUGAUUUUUUUGGGUUUUUUAUCUGUGGUUCAGUCCUCAGUGUAUCCAAUUGGUGUUACAGUGGGUCUAUCUGAGCGUAACCAUCCUAUAGUCUCUAUGUACCAUGCCCAAGACAACUACGGACAGUACGCAUAUGGUUAUGCCACCCCAACCAGUACCAAAUCCGAAACUAAGACAGCAGAUGGCGUAACACAAGGAGGCUACUCUUACAUAGACUCCAAUGGUAUUCUCCAAUCAGUACACUACGUUGCAGACCCUGUUCAUGGCUUCAGAGUCGCUGCUACGAACCUUCCACAAGAUUUACCUGAAGUCGCCUGGGCUAAAGCCAAACAUCUCGCUGAAUACAAUGCUAUCUCAGCUGAACACGCGUCUGCCAGAGUAGCCUAUUCAAACCCAGUUGCUGUACCAAUUCACGAGGUUAGAGCUUUGCCACAACCUGUACAAGACCUCCCUGAAGUCGCAAGAGCACGUGCAGAGCACCUAGCAGUACUUAACGCUGCCUACGCAGCCCAGGCGGUCGGUGCUAACAUCCCACAAGUCGUACAAGAUCUACCUGAAGUCCAGAAAGCCAGACUAGAACAUUUAGCUACUGUAGAAUCCAUCAAGCAAAGAGAUGCUGUUAUUAGAGCCCAGACUGCCUCUCUUAGCCCCAUUCCAAAUCACUUUGAGGGUUCUACAGUACCAGUACACACCCGCAUAGUCCCCACAGUUGCUGUAGCCCAGGCCCCAAAAGUAUCCUAUGUACCAGCUCUGUGGAACACACCCAUUUCUUCUCAAUAUCACGCUCAAGACAACUGGGGGCAGUAUAUGUAUGGUUAUGUAAGCCCAUUAAGCUCUAAAAGUGAAACUAGGACUGCUGAUGGUGUAACAACAGGUGGUUAUUCCUACAUAGAUGCCAAUGGUGUUUUGCAGACAGUUAAUUAUGUUGCUGAUGCCGUUCAUGGGUUUAGAGUAGCAGCUAGCAACCUGCCACAUUAAGUUUUGUAUUAAGUAAAUUUAUUUAUGUUUGUGUUCAAUAAAAAUUGUAUUGUUUGUUGUA